UUAAAUAAUUGUAUUUUGAGAAAUAUCUUUUGAAAGUGAGUUGGAUGGUUUUCCUUUCUUAUCUCUUCAAACAGAAAACGAACUGUCCACACCCUUUCUGCUGCCUUAUAGUCAUGCUGUAAACACUUGUGAUGUGUAGAUAAGAGUAGAGCAGCACAUAUAUUUUUAUUUGCUUCUGGGAACACAUUCUGAAAAGUAAUUCAGCUACAACCGUGAUGAGCAGGCAUAUCCAUUUAAAAAGUGCACUAGUAUUCAUUUACAUACUUGUGCACUUGCACUGGAGCUGCACUGAAGAUAUAUGUCUACCAAAUGAAGACUGCAAAAAUAAAGACGUGUAUGAUGAAACUGUGACGACAAUACCCGAAAAAUUUAAAGAUGGAGCCAAUGAAAUAUUUUUUGUAAACAGUCAGAUUCCUGUCAUACCGAAAGGAGCUCUUUCUAAAAACCCUCAAAUAAAUAAAAUUGAAUUCCUCGGUACUUCAACUACGUCCAUAGAGGUCGGAGCUUUUGAGGGCUUGCCUAAUAUCACAACCAUUGAGAUAUCUGGCACAAAUGUGACAUCAUUACCCGUGGGUGUUUUUAAGGAUCUCGAAAACCUUAAAACACUUGUUCUAAAAAAUAACAGAAUCCAUAGCCUUAAAAAUGGGUUAUUUGAUUAUUUAAAAAAGCUUCAAGAACUAAGUCUACAUAUAAAUGAAAUUAGCUCUAUUGAGGAGGGGACAUUUGACAGUUUAGAUGAUCUCAGACUUCUUCAUCUUGCAAGAAACAACCUUGGGUCUGUAUCAACAUCUCUUUUUUCCAAACUGAAGAACUUGCGAUUUUUCAGGCUUUAUGAGAACCAGCUGACCUCUAUGCCUGAUGGGAUUUUUGAUCAUCUCCCUGAUCUGACAGAGAUAGCCUUGCAAGGCAACAAAAUCUCAUCUAUAAAAUCUGAUUUGUUUCCACACAAAAGUAAAUUAUCCAAACUUUUUUUGGACCACAAUCUUUUGACUGAACUGCAGCAAGAUCUUUUUGUUGGUUUCUCUUCAUUAAAGACUCUAACUCUUCAUAACAAUCAACUCCUACGUCUUCCCACUGUCCUUUUUGGAGAAAUGCCUAAAAUGACUGAACUGAGUCUAAGCCAUAACAAUCUCACUGAUUUACCACCUGGAGUUUUCAGCCCACUUAAGAAGCUCAAGAAGUUAGACCUUUCAUCAAACCAGUUUUCAAGGAUAUCUGGAGGGUUUUUUGAAGGUCUCGAGAAACUGACUGAACUGAAUCUUCAAAAUAACAAUUUAAGGUCAUUACAACAAAAGGACUUGGAAAGACUUCAGUCUCUUUCAACACUUAAACUGGGAAAUAAUAAACUGCAAAGCCUCCCUGGAGAUGUUUUGGAUGCUCUUCCAAAACUCAGUAAACUAUACCUUUACAAGAACCCAUGGCAUUGUGACUGUAACCUUUUGCCAUUCUUUGAAUGGAUAAAGAACAAUGAAGACAAGAUUAAAUCAAAACCUUCUGAUGUCUGUGAGUCCCCAAAAGACCUGGAAAAUCAACAAAUAUCCUCUUUAACAGAACAGCAAUUAAUAUGCCUCACAACUUUACCAACUACCACCACUGUCCUUACAAGUACUGUUCCCAUGACCACACAGCACACCACAGGUGUCUCAACAAUAAAGUUAACCUCGACAACAGCAGUGCCUACAACAACUACUGCUUUACAAACAACAACCGCACCUACGCCAACAACAGUUCCAGUAACAACUCAAACAACUACAACAACCCAGACAACAACACAAGUCAUGACCACACCAACACCAACUACUCAAAUCACAACUUUGCUUCCAACCACACCAACCACAACCUCUAUGACUACAGCUCUGAGGACAACAUCAGUCCCCACCACGGUAUCAACAACUACUCUUCAAUCAACAACUGUCCCCUUGACAACUACAUCAGUUCUCACCACCACAUCUAUAACCACAGUACCACCAACAACUGCCCAUAUGACAACUACACCAGAGCACGCCACCACAUUUAUAACCACAGUACCACCAACAACUGCCCAUAUGACAACUACACCAGAGCACGCCACCACAUUUAUAACCACAGUACCACCAACAACUGCCCAUAUGACAACUACACCAGAACACGCCACCACAUUUAUAACCACAGUACCACCAACAACUGCCCAUAUGACAACUACACCAGAACACGCCACCACAUUUAUAACCACAGUACCACCAACAACUGCCCAUAUGACAACUACACCAGAGCUCGCUACCACAUUUAUAACCACAGUACCACCAACAACUGCACUUAUGACUACAUUGAUUCCCACCACAUCAACAUUGACAGUUCAAACAACAAUUGCGACAAUUUCAGAAACUACAACUAUAUUAAUCCCCACCACUAUUACAAGUCAAAAAACAACAGCCACCAGUUUACCACCCAGCACGACUACAAGGACAACAGAAACAUUUCUCACCACACAUAGCAGUUUCAUCUGUACUGGCUCUCCUCAGCCUACUCUUUCAAGACCUACUCCCACCCACAAGUACUCAUCAUGUGAAGACCUGAUGAUAUAUUACACUACAAUGCUGAUUGUGGAAAUCUGCUGUACUGUGGUGCUGGCCAAAUUCUCUUAUUCACUAUAUUGUUCUCUGGAGCAAAGGGAGAGACUGCACACCCAGGUCAACCUGACUCACUUCUCCUAUACUAAGUCCAUUAUACUCAGACCAGUCGACGAGACAGAGACUAUUGCUCUGUGAUUUUUGUUUUUCUUUCACUUGAACUUUGAAUGAGUUUCCAAACAGCAUCUAUGAUUGAAGCUAAAGACAUCAUUUCUUUGUUGCCUUUAUUUUAUAACCAUAUGCAGUAGCGUCCACAAGCCUGGAUUCAAUGAUUUUGAGCAUAACAAUUUAGGUGAAGAGUUUACAUUUCAAAAUUAUUUUUCUUAUAUUAUUUGGGAUGCCACCCUUUGACAGCAGUAAUCAAACUGCAUGAACUUCACAAGUUAAGGUAGCUUAAAAACAAAAUAAGAGGAGGUACAAAAUAGGCCUGAUUAGAUGAAUGUAAACUUACAGUAAUUGCAUGAAAUACUAAUAUUUGUCUAGAUGUAUAGCCUACUUAUGAACUGAACUUGGUCAUUUUAGGCAUUUAGUAAAUUUCGUAUUUGUAGGAAUUGUAUAUAUUUUUUUUUUUAUAUUGAACUACGUUUUUUAUGUGUACUAAAUGUAACUGUUAAUAUGUUAUGGUGUCUUGUGUCCAUUAUUGCAUUUCAUUAGACCUAGCUAUAACCAAUUAUCUUUGACAAAAUGACAACCCACAAUGCCUUAAAAAUGAAUAUAUUAGUAUCAAAUAGCUAGGCCAUGUGUGAUGAGCGCACAAUAUUUUUACUCUUUUAAAUCCGUUUUAAACUGUAUCUUAAAUCUCUUUUAAUUUCAUUUAUAACUGAUUUAACUUUCAUUGCUUUUAUAUUGUGAUUUUUUAAAUUCCUUUCUGUAAAGCACUUUGAUUUGCCAUUGUGUAAAAUAUGUGCUAUAUAAAUAAA